AUGUGGACGGGAACAAGGAGGGAAAGAAACAUUAUGCACACACGUAAGAAAAACAAGAACACCAAGAACAACAAGAACACCAAGAAAAACAAGAACACAAAGAACAACAAGAACACAAAGAACAACAAGAACACAAAGAACAACAAGAACACAAAGAACACAAAGAACAACAAGAACACAAAGAACAACAAGAACACAAAGAACAACAAGAACACAAAGAACAACAAGAACACAAAGAACAACAAGAACACAAAGAACAACAAGAACACAAAGAACAACAAGAACACAAAGAACAACAAGAACACAAAGAACAACAAGAACACAAAGAACAACAAGAACACAAAGAACAACAAGAACACAAAGAACAACAAGAACACAAAGAACAACAAGAACACCAAGAACAACAAGAACACCAAGAACAACAAGAACACCAAGAACAACAAGAACACCAAGAACAACAAGAACACCAAGAACAACAAGAACACAAAGAACAACAAGAACCAUAAGAACAAGAAGAAGAAGGUAACAAUCUCUAGGUCUCUUGUGUGA